AUGAACAACACUGAUAGCGAAGGCCGUAGGAGACGGUCUAGUAGUAUUUUGCAAGUCUACCACGAACCCCAAGAGACGCUGGAACAAAUAAGUGACCAGGCUGCUCUGCCCAACCUCAAUGCCAACUGGACAAACGGCAAAGGUGCCUGGACGAUCCACAUUGUCUUGAUAGCCCUCCUCAAGAUCUUCUACGAUGUGAUUCCCGGAGUGUCACAAGAGACUUCGUGGACGCUGACCAACAUCACCUACAUGUUUGGAUCUUACAUUAUGUUCCACUACGUUCGGGGAGUCCCGUUUGAGUUUAAUAGCGGCGCGUUCGACAACUUGAACAUGUGGGAGCAAAUCGAUAAUGGCGCUCAGUACACCCCCACCAAGAAGUUUCUUCUUAGUGUCCCGAUUGUGCUAUUCCUGCUUAGCACGCAUUAUACCCACUACGACCUCGCAUACUUCAUCAUUAACUUCCUGGCUGUUCUGGCUGUCGUCAUCCCCAAGCUUCCAUUUAGCCACCGCAUGCGAUUUGGACUCUUUUCCGGAGUUCCAGAGGAUUAA